CCCGUGUCCCCUUCCUCGUCUUCCUGCUUCCCGUCCCCUCUUUUGUUUCUUGGAGCAGAGCGGGGGAUACGGGGAAGGAACCCUAUUCCCCUCGUCGGCUUUGCGGUGGGCGGAUUUCGAGAUCAGCGGAAGCUCGAUUAAGUUGUUUUCAAGAAAAGAUUUCUCUCGUGCUCUUCGGAAUCUGAAACUUAAGUGAGCACUUAUCAUUAGGCGGAGACAUGAAUGAGGCUUUUGGCAAUCAAGCUUUAGUUGAGAAGCUGUCAAAGCUCAACAAUUCGCAACAAAGUAUUGAAUCCCUGUCAAAUUGGUGUAUCGUUCACCGAAAGAAAUCCAAGGAAAUAGUUGAGACAUGGGAUCAAGCAUUCAAUGGUUCUCCGAGAGAAAAAAGAGUGCCUUUUCUAUAUUUGGCUAAUGACAUCUUACAGAACAGUAGACGCAAGGGAAGUGAGUUUGUAAAUGAGUUUUGGAAAGUGCUUCCUGGAUGUUUAAAGAAUGUCUAUGAGAAUGGUGAAGAUCAUGGAAAGAAAGUGGUUAAUAGACUAGUUGAAAUUUGGGAUGAAAGGAAAGUCUUUGGCUCUCGCGGGCGGAGCCUUAAAGAUGAGAUUCUUGGUAAUGUGCCUGUUCCUGUUUCAGAUAAUGGGAAAAGUUCCAAUCCCAUUAAAUUAGUACGGAAAGAUGCUAAUUCAGUAAGAAUAAAACUUGCUAUCGGAGAAAUGCCUGAAAAGAUAGUGACUGCAUAUCAGUCUGUGCUUGAUGAACAUUCUGGUGAAGAUACUGCCUUAAGCAAAUGCAAGGAUGCUGUUCAAGUUCUGGAGAGGUUGGAAAUUGACAUUGAUGUUGCCUGUAAACAAGGUAACCAACAAGAAUCAACAUUUAUAGAUAACCUUCAGGAGCAGGAAAUUGUUCUUAAACAAUGCAUUGAACAACUGGAAAUUGCUAAAGCAACUAGAGCUACACUCAUUACCCAGCUAAUGGAAGCUAUCAAAGAGCAGGAACUGAAGCUGGAGCUUAUCCAUAGUCAGUUACAAAUUGCCCAUUCUCAGACUGAACAUGCUAGUAACAUGAGACGACGACUCGGUUUGGCUGCUGGCACAAAUGGAUUUGGUCCUACCACCACGCUACCUCUUGUGAAUUUUGCAUCAGAAGCAAUACCUGCAACAGAACCCAAUCCUCCAGUAUCCAUCACUCAUCUUCAACCACUUCAACCUGUAACUUCAUUUGUCAGCAGCUUAAGCAGUGCGGAAGAGGAUCACAAGAAAGCAGCAGCUGCUGUUGCAGCAAAGCUUGCUGCCUCAUCAUCUUCUGCGCAGGUCCUCAGCUCUAUUCUAUCCUCUUUGGCUGCUGAAGAAGCUGCGUCCAUGAAUAACAGUUUGAGCUCUCGAGUUCGCCCUGGUAGUCCACCUGUUUUCCCUUUGGAAAAGAGGCCAAGGCUUGAGAAUACUAUAUCCACAACGGAUAUGGGUAAAACCUCCUAUUUCGGGCAGGCGCAACAUCAGCAGCAGCAGUCCAUUCCUCUCGUGCUGCCCCAAACCUCAGCUGCUAGUAUACAACUUCCCCAGAGUAACCAGGUGCCACCAACUUUUACACCACCUCUCCCGCCGCUGCCUCCGCCACCCAUGCAGCAGUAUGUGCAGACAAGUGGAGGAACGAUGAGUGUGCCACCUUAUGGAUUUGUGGGUCGUUCGCUGCCAUCUCCACCUCCUCUACUUUCCCAUGUUUCAGCAGGGUUGGCAAGACCUGGUGGCCCGCUUCCACCUCCGCCACCACCACCACCCCCACAGCAGCAGCAGCCACCACCGCAGUUGCAGUCAACCUCGAUGGGGUUCUACCAGUCUCCAGGGAUUGGGUUUUACGGGCAGCCGCAGACAGCUCCGACUGCCCAGCGGCAGUGAAACGAGAUGCCAAGGCAUUUGCAGAUGACCUGGUUUCGUCAUGUAUAUUAUGAGUAGUCAUUAACAUAAUUUAGAGUGAUGGAAUCUAUUUAGAUUCCAUUAACAAGACAGGCCAAGGCAAAGCUGUUUCAUGAGCACUGGAUUUGGAAGGCCUCAUGUAUGUGAUGAAUAUAACAACUAUUUAGAUGUCUGAUGUGGUGAAAUCUAUUGCAUCUUGUUGACCAA